AUGCCUCACGCCGACUCUUCCUAUUUCUUUGGCUCAACAAAGGCCGAGAUCUACCCUCAACUACUAGACCAAACGAGGGGUCUUCUCUCCGGUCAACGCAAUUGGGUGAGUGUCUUCCAUCGCUUCGCGCGCGGUGUGGUGUUUCCUGGCCAAUACCAAGCCCGCAAACUAACAGCCACCAGCAACCUUUCUAACGUCUCCUCGCUGCUGUGGCACACUUUCGCUGCUCUUCCUUCCCCUUCCUCCUCCGUCAACUGGGCCGGCUUCUACAUUCGCGAUGACAAGUUCCCCGCCCUCGCGUCACCCGUCUCAUCGCCUCCCCUCGGCGGCGGACCCAACAUCGGUAGCGUAACGAUCUCGACCACAUACGCUUCAACUGAGGACCAACUCCUGCUUCUGGGACCAUUUAUGGGAAAGCCUGCUUGUCAAGAGAUCCGCUUCGGCAAGGGUGUCUGCGGCACUGCUGCCGCUACCCAGAAGACCGUUGUCGUGCCAGACGUGGAGCAGUUCCCGGGACACAUUGCCUGUGACGCCGAGAGCCGCAGUGAGAUCGUUGUUCCCAUUCUUGUUCGGGGAGAGACCGUCGCCAUUAUCGAUAUCGAUUGCGCCCAGCCCGAUGGCUUCGACGACGUGGAUAAGAAGUACCUAGAGGAAUUGGCUGAGAUCCUGGCUGAGAGCUGUGACUGGUGA